UUGCGUUCUCGUUGGUUUGAUUCAAACAUGUACAACUUUCUUUUCCUAUAAGUUUUAGAGAACUUAGAUGAUUAUUUCAUUCGUUUCUAAAGCUUCGAAAAAUGGAGCUAGUUCUGUCUCCCUUAUCUCCUGUCAAUCUCCCUGAUAAGAAUUUCCUGUUUCCAUCUUGGAAUCCGACAAGAAAUACAGAAAGGAGAAAUACAACACCAUAUUCCUCCAGAUUUCCUAGUUCCUUCUCAAUUUCUUCCAAAUCCAAUAACGUUUUGCAAGUUAAUAAGCAAAGACGAUCUGCAGAUUAUCAUCCAAGCAUUUGGGACCGCAAAGCCAUCGAGUCCUUAAACACUCCCUUUACAUAUGAUAGUCAUGGCACUCGGCUGGAGGAGUUGAAGCGUGAGGUUAGAAGCUUAGCAGCUUCCACUAAAGACCCCUUUGCUCAACUGAAGUUGAUGGAGUCAAUGCAGCGACUGGGAGUUUCUUACCAUUUCCAAGAAGAGAUAAGAGAGACCUUGAAUCUUCUUGUUUCUGAAAUAGAUUCUAAAAGUGCAGAUCUUUACACAACGUCUUUGCAUUUUAGGCUUCUGCGGGAACAUGCUUUCCCAGUCUCCUCAGAUGUGUUCGACAAGUUCAGAGACAACAAUGGAAAGUUCAAGGAAAAUUUAGUUGGAGAUGUGCAAGGCCUUUUGAGUUUGUACAAUGCUUCAUACCUUGGAAUUGAUGGAGAAGAAGCUUUAGAAGAAGCCAAAAGCUUUAGUAUUAAGCAUCUCAAGUUAUGGUUGAGGAAUUUAAAGGGCAAUAAUGCUAUUCUAGCAAGCCACGUGCAGCAAGCAUUGGAUGUUCCUCUCCAUUGGAGGAUGCCUAGGAUUGAAGCUCGCAAUUUCAUUGAUAUCUACCAAACCAAUCAAGCAAAAAAUUUGGCUUUGUUAGAGCUAGCAAAGUUGGAUUAUAAUCUAGUGCAGUCGGUGUAUCAAACGGAGCUAAAAGAGCUUGCAAAAUGGUGGACUUCAUUGGGAUUCAAGGAGAAGCUUCAGUUUUCAAGAGAUCGAUUAAUGGAGAAUUAUUUAUGGGCCAUGGGGAUGAUAUAUGAGCCUACGUUCUCCAAAUGUAGGAUUGGCCUCACAAAAUUCGUAUGCAUUUUAAGUGCAAUUGAUGAUAUGUAUGAUAUAUAUGGAUCGUUAGAUGAGCUUCAACUCUUUACUCAUGCUGUAAAUAGAUGGGACACUAAGAGCAUGGAGGAACUUCCAGAGUACAUGAAGCUAUGCUAUUUUGCUAUGCUUAAUUUUGGUAAUGAAUUGGCUUAUGAUGUCCUAAAAGAAGAAGGUUUGGAUGUUCUAUCUAAUAUUAAGGAUGAGUGGAUAAAACUCUGCGGAGCAUACUUAGUAGAAGCAGACUGGUUUGCCAAAAGACACAUACCAACUUUAGAAGAGUACAUAGAAAAUGCAUGGAUCUCUGUAGGAGGUCAUGAGGCUAUUGUCCAUGCUUCCAUUUUGCUGGGGCAGACGUCAUCCAGUAAUUCAUUGGAUUGUUUGAAGCAUAGAUUCAAGCUAAUCUAUUGGUCAUCACUCAUCACUCGACUCAGUGAUGAUUUGGGAACUUUCACAGAAGAGAGCAAGAGAGGUGAUGUGGCAAAAUCCAUCCAGUGCUACAUGAUUGAAAAAGAAAAAUCUGAAGAAGAAGCAAAAGUACAUAUAAAGAGUUUGAUAAGUAAUGCUUGGAAGGAACUGAACAAAGAGAGUAUGAAGUCUUCCAUUUCAAAUUCCGUUAUAAAACUCUCAUUAAAUAUGGCUCGAACUGCUCAAUUCAUAUUUCAACAUGGAGAUGGCAUCGGCACAUCAAAAAAAGUGACUAGAGAUCGCUUAAUCUCUUUAAUCGUUCAGCCCGUUCGAUAAUUUAAUUAAUUAUAUCAAUUAAUAAGUAUAAUAUGUCAGUUAAUUGUGUUUUGUUAGAUGAUUUAUCGUCUUUUGGCAUUUUGAUUCAAGAUUGUAAACUGCUUCUAUGUAGUUAUGAGGAAGCAAAGUGUGUUUUUGUUCAUAGAUCUGCGAAUGAUGUCGCUCAUGUUCUAGCAACAUCGACUCAUUCUGAGUCAGGUCAAGGAGUUUGGAUUGAUAUCCCUCCUCCUCACAU